AGUCCGCUUCCUCCCUCCAGGGCCUCAUUCGCGCAGACAAACAGUCCUCCCACUCCUCGCCCUCUGACAUAACCGACCACCCCGUCCGCUACGACGACGACCAGGACGACAUCUCCUCCGCCUCCUCGAGCCCCACCGUCGCCUCCUCCACCGUCGCGCCCUCUGCCUCCUCUGACAAGUCCGUGUCCUCUGCCUCCUCCGUCAUGGCCGACGCAAAGACACAGAUCGACUCUGUAAUUGCUGCCGCCACCGCGCGCGCUUACGAAGACUCCUCGUCGACCUCGGACGACGACGAUAACAAUGCUGCUCAACACACUGCAGCUGAACACGUCGACGACUCCUCCGACGAAGACGACAUGAUGGAUGACCCUUAUCUCUCUUCCUCCCCAUCAAUCUACGACGAGUGUACGUUCUCUUCUCCUCAAUCUCUCUCAUCUCUCUCUAUCUCCACCCCACUAACCCCCGCAGCCGACAUCAACUACGACCUAGUCUACGCCCUGCACACCUUCCGCGCAACCCAAAAAGGCCACGCCGACGCGCUCAAAGGCGACGCCAUGAUCAUGCUCGACGACACAAACGAGUACUGGUGGCUAGUCCGCAUGAUGAAGGAUUCUUCGGUUGGAUAUCUCCCCGCAGAGCACAUCGAGACCCCCACCGAGCGUCUCGCUCGCCUCAACAAGCACCGCAAUACCGAGGUAUCUAUCUCCUUGCUCUUUUUCUUAUAUUCCUGCUCUUCUUCCUGACUUUUUGCUAACUCGCUCCAGCCCCUCGUCAUCGAACCCGCAGCUCCAACCCGCUCCGCGUCCGACAAAUCCACAGGCUCCACCUCGCGCAACCCCCUCAAACGAUUCCGAUCCAAGCGCCAGACCUCUGCC